AUGGGGGAAGGAGAGGAAGUGGCGCAGAUUGGUACCUGCAAAUGGUUCAAUGUUCUAAAAGGUUAUGGUUUCAUCACACCUGACGAAGGUGGGAAUGACGUAUUUGUCCAUCAGUCUGAGUUAAAUAUGGAUGGUUUCCGAAGUUUGGAUGCUGGUGAACGUGUUCGUUUUGUGAUCCGGAAGAAGCCGGAAGGUAACGAAGCAACAGCUGUUAAAAGUGCAGAACCUGGUGGAAAACUGAAGGGAAGUUCUAUCAGACCUCUUGGAAAAAAUAAGUCACAUGUUAUAAGGUGUUUUAAAUGUGGCCAUUACGGGAAUCAUACGGCAGCCAAGUGUAAAACAUCGGUGGGAGUCGAGAAAGCGUGCUAUGGAUGUCUUGCAGCCGAUCAUUUAGUCGCUGAUUGCCCACAAAAAGUAUACUUUAAAAAUGAUAAUAAAACAAAAAAUAACGGCACUGAAGAAAGCGAUGCGAAUGAGGAAGUGGUGAAAGCAGAGAGUACUAAAGAACAACAAUUAAAAACGAAAAAGGAAAAGGCUGAUUCGAAGAUGAAAGAAAUUACCGUCGACAAAGACAAUGUCGUUAAGAGUAAUAACUGUUUUUAA